AUGUCAGAGGAGGCUCAUAGGCGUUAUGCCGAGAUCAUGAGAGACGUCGAAACAAUGAUCGAUGACCACAGCAAGUCAACCCAAACCAAUCCUCAAACCCCAUCUUUUACCCUUUGCUUCUUUCACCAAAAUGACGAGAAUCCCUUUCCUUCAAAGCUCAAGCUGCUCGUGCCCAGCAUCGGGCCCUUCUUCACGCGCUUGCCUUUGGAAGCAGCUUUCAAAUUUCAGGAUAGAAAGCGAUACAUCUCGUCGCGGCGAUUCGUUUCCCCGUCUUUCAACGAUGUCCGACUCAUCCUCAACUCGGCUCAGAUCAUGGCCGUUACCACCUAUGGGACGUUGCAGCUAGCUACCUUUGAUGGUGAUGUGACUCUGUAUGACGACGGGAAGAGUCUAGAGCCAGAUAGCCCUGUGAUACCUCGGAUGAUGGAUUUACUUCACAAAAACGUCAAGAUUGGUAUCGUCACGGCCGCUGGCUACACGACAGCUGACCGGUACUACGCUCGUCUGCACGGACUUCUCGACAGCAUGGCCUCCAGCUCGACCUUGACAGACCAGCAAAAGCAAAACCUGAUCGUCAUGGGCGGUGAGGCUAACUACCUCUUCCAGUUCGACUCUUCAGCACCGCACCUCCUGUCGGCAGUGCCGCGCGAGCGCUGGCUGACCCCGGAGAUGGCGACGUGGAACGAAGGCGACAUCAAGAACAUGCUCGACGUGGCCGAGAGCGCGCUCAACGACUGCGUCAAGAACCUGAACCUGCCCGCCACCGUGAUGCGCAAGGAUCGCGCCGUGGGCAUCAUCCCGCGUGACCCGGACGUCCGCAUCGCGCGCGAGAGUCUCGAGGAGACUGUGCUGGUCGUGCAAAAGAUACUCGAGCUCAGCACCGCGGGCAGGGCGGGUCGGGUGCCGUUCUGCGCAUUCAACGGCGGCAACGACGUCUUUGUCGACAUUGGCGACAAGUCCUGGGGUGUCACGGUCUGCCAGCAGUGGUUCGCGGGCGGGAGCACCGACAAGUUCAUCCGCGGCGAGAACACGCUCCACGUGGGCGAUCAGUUCCUCAGUGCGGGCGCAAACGACUUUAGGGCGAGGAGCGUCGGCACCACGGCUUGGAUUGCCAGCCCGGCCGAGACGGUGGAGUUGUUGGACGAGCUGGCUGAGCUGAUGGGGAAGAAGCUGUCAUAG